AUUAAAAAUGAUUAUAACUAAAUAUUGUAAAAAUCCACGAAAAUUUCGUAUCAUUUUACUUUUGAUGAUUGUUACACUAAUAGUUAUAACAUUAUUAAUACUCAACAAUGGACUACAACAUGUCAACACUGAAAGAUUAAUCGAUGAACGUUUUGUGGCACAAGCCUAUGCGGGGCCACCACAACUAAAACCGCAGCAAAACGAAGAUAAUGGUUUGGUUAUUUUAAAAUCUCCGCGUGAAAAUGGCAUUAUACAACCGGAAAAAUAUGAUGAACAUAAACUAAAAUCACGUUUAAUCGAAGAGAAAAUUCACAAUUUAAAAGAACAAACCAAACAAUUAAUACAGGAUCCCGAAGAGGAACAUACCGUAAUGGAGAGUGUUAGCACAGCCAUACAUAUCUUUUAUACAGCUCCGGUCCAAUGGUAUAAGACCCGUAAACCUACGGUUCCCAAAGAAAUUCUCACUGAUUUCAAUACAACCGAGAAUGUUACACAAAAACCAGCAGCUAAAAUUUUAAAUAGUGCUUUCUAUCCGUCUCUGGGUCUAUACAAGCCCACUUGUGAACUCUUCGAGAGACACUUUCAAAAUAUUCGCAAUUGUGGUGUGGGUGUAUUGAUUUUAAGCUAUACGGGAAAACCUGCAGAAUUAGAAGUUUACAAGACCAUUUUUCAGGUGGCACCAAAAUUUAAUUUAUCUAUUACCUUCGAAAUUAGUGUAGCUGGCAAUCAAUCAUUAUCUUUUCUACAACAACAACUAAAAGAUAUACGCAAAUUCUAUCAUUUGCCGGUGUUUUUUAAAGUUUUCUCACAAAGUCGUAAUGCAUUAACCCCUGUUAUUUAUAUAAGUAAUGCCUAUAAACUAGUCGAUUCCCUGGCAUCUCAAGCAUUUUGCAAAUCUUCUACAUCCAUAAGAUUUAUACUCGAUGCCUUCUUUAUUGGUCACAUAAGAUUAAAGAAUCAUGCCGAUUACAUUAGGCGUCUGUGUUUAGAUGGAUUCUAUAGUAAAUUGCCUAGUAAUGGGGCCACAUUCGCCAGUACUUGGAAAAAUUGGUCAUAUUUAAAAUCAUUCGCCUUAACCUAUAAAAUGUUGUUUGUACCGACAGUGGGUCCUGGUUUUGCUGAACGCAAUAAAUUUCCGCGCCAUGGUGAUAUACAAAGACAUCGUAGUAAUGGAAGAUAUUAUGGAGUAGCAUGGCGUACCGCUAUACUAAAUCAUGUUGGUUUCAUAAAUAUCGCCAGUUACAACAACUGGCCCGAUGGCAGUCAAAUCGAAGAGGUAAUACCUAAAGCCGGUUUUCUCGAUUAUAAUCCUGGAGCUAAAACGAAAUAUUUGGAUCUAACUACACACUGGGUAGGUAAUUUUAUAAAAACACGCAAUGAAGCUGCAGCAGCUACACUUCAAAGUGGCAGUGGCCACUUAAGUUGUUAUGAAUUUUUAAAUAAUACCAUUUGUUAAGAAAGUCAAUCGGUCUCAGCAAUAAUGAUUUAAAAAAUCAAACUCAAUACAGGCCAAAAUUUAAAUUACUUUACAAAUUAGCAGAAAAAAAACAACAAUUACUUUCAUACUGAAGCAACAAAAAAGUAUAAAAUGUUAUUUAAACUAUGUAAUUGUUUUAUUUUUUUUAAUAUACUUAGAUAUAUAAUAUUUAGAUAGUCUAGAGAAAAUUGAAACAUUUGCCAAACACCAUACAUAUUUAUUGUGAAAAACUAUAUAACUAAUAAUAUAUUAACUAUAAACCUUUUUUCCAUUUAAAUCUUAAAAGAAAUUCUUUAUAUUAAACUCUUUAAAUUUUUGGUAGAUUUAAAUUAAUACAAUCGGUACAAUCGUUAAUCAGAUAAAAGUUUACAUUAUUAUUAUUAAAAAUAUAACUAGUCACUUGUUAAUUUACUCAAAUUUAAAAGGAAAACAAUAUAUAUAAAAAAGUAUAUAAAAAUCUUCUUUAAACAGAUAUUUUUUUAGUAUUUAAAUUAUAGCUUUAACUAUUUAUAUACAUUACUACAUAUAUAGCGUUUCUAAUGACUGAUUAAAAUAAAACUCUUUCAAAAUUUAUAUAACUAUUAUGAUUAUUAUUGUCUAAUUUUAACUUAUUCGAAAAUAUAGUAAACAUCAUUGCAGUAAUCUAAACUCUAUUAUACUUAAACUCUAUACAUCAAUAAACUUGAAUACUAUAUUUC